AUGUUUAACGCCAACGAUGCACGCCGCUACCCGGGCUUCUUCACCAGGACGUGGACCCCGCCACCCGAUGGAUUUUCUUUCACUAAUGCAAGAAGUCGGCGUUCACGUGGCGCCCUUUCCCACGCAACACCCCCGCCACUGACGCCGCGUCUUGCCUCCCCAAUCGACGUGAGAGGACUCUCCGCGACAGACCCCUUGGGACGCCUGGAACACUCACGCGCGUCACCGACAGAGGUGCAGGCUAGUCGCGCGCUUGUGGGUAUGUCGCGCGAUGAACCGGACAUCUCACCACACAUCAGCACCCUAGACGUGAGUGGCUUGGGCGCGUUCACGGCAGCGCAUCCUAGCCGUCGUGGUUGGGAGGAUAUGCCGCAAGAGGAGCGCAUGGCUUACACCACACGUCUUGAGGAGGACGUGGGCCACGCGCAGGCCACACUGGACCGCGCCUACCAUCUGCGGGAUCACUACAAGGAGGAGGCGGCGCGACUCCAAAGAGAGUUGCUGCAGAAUCGGCGGGCGCUUGACCGUCUGGAGCGUGACCACCGCCAGUGCAAAGAAAUUAUCUACCGCCAUCAGCGCGGGGAAGUUGACCUUCGCCAGCGACUCGAUCACGCCGAGGGAGAGGUGCAUCGGCUUAAGACGUUGCUGCAGUCUGAGGAGGAAGUUGGGGGGGCGUCUGUGGUGCAGGCAGAACGGCAUCUACGGCUCAAGCAGUCAGAGGUUGAUGCGCUUCUGGAAGAGAAGAGGCAAUUAGAGGAGCAGGUGCGUGUCUUGAUGCUGGAGCUCUCCAACGAGCAUCACUCAGCCAGCGUACGCGAAGGCGCAGUCACAAAGCCGACGUCUAAUUUGCAUGGGGAGGACGGAGAGGAGGAGCUGUCGCAGACGCGACAGAUUAUACAGGUCCUUCGCACCGAGUUGCAGGACUUGAGGCAGCAGCUUCAGAACGAGCGCUCCCAGCACGAAGGCGCGCUUGAUGAGAUCAUCAAACAACGCAAUGGUCUCCAGGGGGUAAACACCUCGCUUCGUGACGAGAUCGAAGGGCUAAAGGAGAGGUGUUGCUUGCAGAAUAAGACCCUUGAUGAGCUUCGUGAGGAGCUGCUGCAGCGGGCGCCUCUGACACACACCGAGCAUCACGCCCUCGUUCAACGGUGUGAGGAGUUAAAGGGGGAAAUUGAGCGACUCCAAGCGAGAGAGUCUGACUCCCGCGACAAGGCUCUUGAGCUCGAAAAGCUGGCAAUACAACAGCAGCUUUUCGCCCUACGGGCCGAUGGGGAAGAGAAGAAUUCCAUGCUACACAAGACACGUGCCGACUUGGCGCACACGCGAGAUCAUGUCAGUACCUUGCAGGAUGAGCUCGAACUUACCCGAAAGGCCAAGACACUGCUUGACCAGGAGCUCCUUGACACAAUGGAAAAGCUGCACUCCGCCAAGGAGGAAAAUAAAGAGGCCGAAAAAGUCAUAAAAGACUUUAAUCGAAGGCUUCAGGACCAGUUCUCACGAAUUCAUGAGCUACAGGCGCACUUAGACCUCCUACAACGCCAAAAAGCGGGUAGUUCAGCGAAUACCAUACCAUCCAGGCCAGUCCCACUCACUAGUGAGGGUGCCAAAGAACCUCUAGGACAAGGAAACGCAUUCAAGACUUCCAACAAAGAAUCAUGUUCAGCAGAGGCAACUAUUAAAAUGCGAAAUAACCAGACACAAGACAUACCAGAACCUCCAGGGAUGCCACAAGAGGAAGACGCAACAACACAAGACGACGACAAGACAGCAGCAAAUCAACCAGCGGAUGAAAUGAUAAAUAUCCUACAACAGCUUUCGGUAGCACGGGCAACGGUUGAGCAGCUGUCGGCGGAGCGCGGCAGCCAGGCGGCACGAUUGGCCGAGCUGACGGCGGCCGUUGCCCGCCUGGAGAGCAGCGCCGACGCCUCGAGACCGGUGGUGGACGCGCUGACCGCGGAGCUGCGCGAGACGCAGGGCCGUCUCCGCCAGGCGGAGGAGGAGGCCAGCCAGCUGGCCGAGCGGCUCAGGGUGUCCGAGGAGCGUCGCGAGUCUGCCGUGGCGGCCGGUUCCGCCAACGCCGCGCUUGCAACGCAGUUGUCGACUCCGCUGACGGCGCUGGAGCGCCUCGCGGAGGAGCGCGAGACCCUGGCUGGGCGCUCGUCCGAGCUUGAGGAGCGCGUUAAGGAGCUCGAGAGGGAGCUGCGGGAG